UUAAGAAAUUUUACUUCUCGCAAGCAAUUGUUAUCAAAAUAUGGAACGAAAAUUAUUCGACUAAGCUCUGCCAAUACCUAUUCCUAUAAUAAAUUUGAUACCACCUUAUCAAAUUAUGUUAACAACUAUAUCAAACCGCAAAGCCUGGAAGAACUGGGCGUAGACACAUAUUAUUUCUUUGGAGACAAUAACCAUACGGAAUGGAAAACGCUGUUUUCCUACUAUUAUAAGCCGCCAUAUAAUAUCCCUGGCUUUACCUCAAUGCUAAGUUUUGGUAUUGCGGGUCCUGGUAGCGGAGUACCUUUUCAUUUUCAUGGACCUGUAUUCAGUGAAACUCUCCAUGGAAAAAAGGCUAGAUUAAGCUCAUGUCACUGGCUUCUAUACCCUCCUAAUCGUAAACCGCAAUUUGAUCCCAACCAAACAACACUCCAAUGGCUUACCUGCCAGUAUACAAAGUUAAACAUCAAUGAACAACCCUUUGAAUGUUCAGUAGAACCGAACGAGAUAAUUUAUGUUCCAAGUGGCUGGUGGCAUGCAACGAUCAAUAUGAAAACUACAGUUUUUGUAUCUACAUUUUUAUCCGGCUAA